CCCCAAAAUCUCAUUCCUACCUCUCUCAUUAUCCCAGCAGAUCAAACAAGUUUAGAAAAAUAAAGAUUAGGGUUGUUCUCUUUUCCUUUUUGUUGUUGGUAGUUUCAUCCCUCUUGCGCUCAUGGCUGGGACGAAGUUUCUUGCAGUAAUCGCUUUUCUCUUGGUUUUCUUCAAAAAUGGAGUAGAGGGAUCUCACAGGAUUUACCCUCAGUAUCAGAACCUCAAAGCUGUUAAGGUGAAUCGAGUACACAGAACUGGCUAUCACUUCCAGCCUCCCAUGCACUGGAUCAACGGGCCUAUGUACUACAAUGGGCUAUACCAUCUGUUCUACCAAUACAACCCCAAAGGUGCAGUGUGGGGAAACAUAGUUUGGGCUCAUUCUGUAUCAAAGGAUUUGAUCAAUUGGGAAGCUCUUGACCAUGCAAUUUACCCAUCAAAAUGGUUCGAUAUAAAUGGAUGUUGGUCUGGUUCAGCAACUGUUCUUCCAGGAAACAAGCCUGUAAUCCUGUACACUGGAGUUGACCAAAAACAACGUCAGAUCCAAAACUAUGCAAUACCCAAAAACUUAUCCGAUCCAUAUCUCCGCGAGUGGGUCACACCCAAUGAUAAUCCGAUUGUGGAUCCAGAUACCAGUGUGAAUGCCAGUGCAUUCCGUGACCCAACUACUGCCUGGUGGGUUGAUGGGCAUUGGAGGAUUUUGGUUGGGAGUAAGAGAGAGCAUAGAGGCAUUGCAUAUAUGUAUAGGAGUAAGGAUUUUAAGCAAUGGGUUAAGGCCAAACACCCUCUUCACUCGGCUCCGAAAACAGGCAUGUGGGAAUGUCCGGAUUUCUUCCCGGCUUCAUUAUCCGGCGCAUACGGGUUGGAUCCUUCAGUUGUUGGGCAAAAUGUGAAGCAUGUAUUCAAGGUUAGCUUGGACAUUACAAGAUAUGAGUACUACACUGUUGGUACAUAUGAUAAGGAGGAGGAUAGAUACAUUCCUGAUAAUACUUCUGUUGAUGGGUGGGCUGGGCUUAGAUUUGAUUACGGGAACUUUUAUGCUUCUAAGACUUUCUUUGACCCAAGCAAGAGUCGGAGGAUUUUGUGGGGUUGGGCUAAUGAGUCUGAUUCUGCAAAGGAUGAUAAGGAAAAAGGAUGGGCUGGUAUCCAGACCAUUCCACGGAAGAUGUGGCUAGACCCAAGUGGAAGACAAGUGGUACAAUGGCCUGUUGAAGAAUUGGAAACUUUAAGAGGGCAAAGGGUUCAAUUGAGCAAUCAAAAGCUCAAAAAGGGAGAACACGUUGAAGUCAAAGGCAUCACUGCUGCCCAGGCUGAUGUUGAUGUUACCUUCUCAUUCCCAAGCCUUAACAAAGCUGAACCAUUUUAUCCUAAAUGGGCUAACAUUGAUGCACAAGACGUUUGUGCCCAAAGGGGAUCCAAAGCUCAGGGUGGUCUAGGGCCAUUUGGGCUCUUAACAUUAGCCUCAGGAAAACUUGAAGAAUUUACUCCUGUUUUCUUUAGAAUUUUCAAAGCACCAAACAAGCACGUGGUUCUCCUAUGCUCUGAUGCAAGAAGCUCUUCCUUGGGGAGUGGACUAUAUAAACCAUCUUUUGCUGGGUUUGUUAAUGUGGAUUUAACAAAUAAGAAACUUUCGCUUAGGAGUUUGAUUGAUAACUCAGUGGUAACAAGCUUUGGAGCAGGAGGCAAAACAGUGAUCACAUCUAGGGUUUAUCCUACUUUGGCUAUAUUUGAUAAGGCUCACUUGUUUGUAUUCAAUAAUGGGUCUGAGACUAUCACAGUGAAGAAACUCAAUGCUUGGAGCAUGAAGAAUCCUGUAAUGAAUAUACCCAUAAAGAACUGAGGAGUUGAAGUUGAGCUAAGGAUAAAAAUGAAUAAUAAGCAUCCUCAUGUUAUGGUUUUACACAUAGACUUUGUUUGAUAAUUUUAGUACUUGUAACAUCUAAUAAUGAAACUUGCAAAGAGAGCUAUAUUUAGUGCAAAA